UGAUCGCGAGUCAGUCUUCGCCGCGUCCUUCCAGCAGGCGCCCCGAGCGAGUCGCAGGACUAGCAGACGGCGUCGCGACGCUGCACGUAACUUUCGCUACAGCCAGCUUGAUUCCCGAGUAAUUUUCGCUCGAUCACCUGUCCGAAAAGAGUACACCUGUGUGUUUAUGUUCGAGUUGUUGUGUUUGAAAAAGUCUUGAGGAAACGCCGUGUCUAUUUGAAGGCUCUUAUCUGGACGCUAUUAGAGAUCGUGCAAAAUACCUCAGCGGGAAAACGGAUUAAGAACGGGAUUUUACUGCAGAAGCGGCCCAACGCCAUGCUGCCAGCGGUGGUGGUGUUCACAGCCGCCUUAGGGCUGAUAUCUGGAUUGCCGUCGAUGCGAGACAGCCUGACUAAUCCCGUGCACGUAUACGAAGGCGACGAUGCUCUUAUUACGUGCGUGGUUAGGGAUAUUGGGGAGAACACCAUCAUGUGGAAGAAGGAGGACAGGGAACGGCACAGCACGAGAGUAUUGACGGCCGGAGAUAAGAGGGUUACUGCUGAUAAGAGAUUCGCUGUCUUGCACGACUCAUCGGCGUCGGACGAAACUUCAGACGUGCCUUCUGGUGGUGACGUCUGGGUUCUGGUCAUAAAAAAUGCCAAACCCUCCGACUCCGGGAUCUACGUGUGCGAGGUGAACAGCAACCCCAUCGUGAGGAGUUUUCACAAGCUGAGCGUUUUAUCGAAGGCCCUGCUUCCCCCGAGCAACACGACGGACCCAUCACAAUACGAAGAGCAAAAACAGCAGUUCAGCAGCAGAAAUCACAAUUAUACGGACUGUUGCGUGGGGCGGAAUGUGUCCUCGAAUUGCCUUGGUUUUUGCAACAUUCAGAGUAUACUUGAAGGAAGCACAGGACAAGAUCCGGAGAAUUGUGAAGGGGACUUUCCUUCCAUUGUUAGAUGUAUGGCUGAUGGACGUAACCAUGUUCCGUGUUGCAUUCAAGAAAGAGUUCCAGACAUUUGUCAAGAUGUUUGCAGAGGCGAGUACACAGCCAUCACCGACAACAUAAAGACGCAUUUUUCAUGUUCGUCGUACACUGAACAGACGUUAGCUUGCAUCGUGGAGGGAAUAGAACUCUUACCUAGCCCACCACAAAACGUGGAAGUUGAAGCCUUAACCGAGAAAUCCCUCAAGGUUUCUUGGUCUAUCCCCGUCGCCAACUCUGAAACCAUCACCAAUUUCGCAAUCAACGUAACCUCGUUGCGUUCUUUCGACGAACACCUGAUAGAGCUACCAUCCACGCAAAGACCUCCCGCCAUUACCCACACCGUCCAGGUUAAAGUACCACCAUCAGAGAACACCACAACCUUAAACAACCUCAACCCAUUCACCAUGUACGAAGUGACAGUGAUUGCUGUCAACACCCACGGCUCCAGCUUACCCAGCUACAGCGUCCGCUCCUUGACUCUCACCCCAGGCAACAUGAAGAGCACAAAAGUCGGAGACGCCCCUCAGCUUCCCGACAUCAAAAGCUGCUGUACUAAGAAAGGGAUCGCUCACAAAACUUGUCUCAACAAGCUAUGCGAUCCCGCGCUAGCGGAUACUGCGGAAAUCACCGACUUGAUGAUCUGUGCACCUUGGGCAACCGACACCUUCAGUUGCCUCACGAACGGAUUAGAUCACACCCCGUGCUGUAAAGCGAGGGGUCUGCCCGAUUUAUGUCAGCAAUUGUGUACAGGGAAUGUGUCGAGCAUCGAUUUCAACUAUUUCAAGUGCUUGAGAUAUAUGGGAGAAUACACUAAUUGUCUCCUUCAGGGUUACGGAGUUCUCCCGAGCGCUCCCACUCAAGUUCACAUCACCAACAUAGAAACGGAGUUUGCGAUUAUACACUGGUCCACACCCAAAACCCUCGGAGACACGGUGCUCCAUUAUAAUGUCCAUUAUAGGAACGUCGCCACUUAUGAUAAUGAGUACAAGGCGAUUCCGAAGGUGCAUAGUCCGUACAUUCUGGAAGAUUUGGAGAGCGAUACGGAUUACGAGGUUUAUGUAGAGGCUGUCAAUACGCACGGUGUGGGCAUGCCUAGCAGUAGGAUUACUUUCAGAACAGAGAGUAAGAUUAUUGAAGAAAAAAUCGAAGAAGCAGCCGCCUACAACGUGACAGCUUGCUGCGUUGAAGCCGACUUGAGCAACGUCUGCCUCCCCCUAUGUUCCUACAACGCCAACAUGAGCGACAUCAAACUCUUAGCUGGAGUAUGCGGUGCCGAAUUCCACAAGUUACUACGUUGUGGAGCUGGUGGCCGUAACCACGGGGCUUGUUGUACCCGAAGAGGUGUUCCUCCAGCUUGUCUCUCCCUAUGCUCGGGUGUCAUCGUUGACUCACUACUAGUCACUGCAACAACAUGCGUCCCAUACAUCGGGAACAUCGCUCAGUGCUUUGAAGAAGGAACAGGACUUCUGCCUGGACCAGUGUCAGAAUUACACUCUACUGUGGUUGACGAACACUCGGUUCUUCUAGAGUGGGAACCUCCAGGUGAAGGGGUUAAUGUUUCGGAUUACGUGGUACACUACCAAAAGGUGGAUAAUACGUCUAUGCAUGAAACUCUUUUGAAACUAGACCAUCAAGUCAACGUUACUGGAACUACCGCAACUCUCACGGAACUGGAAGCUGAAGCGACGUAUCACAUCUUCGUUGUGUCCCGUAAUCCCCACGGGACAUCUCUUCCCUCAUCCAUCAUCGUUAUUAAAUUGGUAAAAGCAGAUGGGCAAUGGGUGAAAGCCGUUACAUCUCCACCACAUUCGCUAGCAGUGGCAGCCCACAGCGCCACAUGGGUCACGAUUUCGUGGCAGCCUCCAGAAUUCAGUCACCCGUCCGAGCAAAUCACCUAUAGACUAUACCAUAAGUCGACGGCCGAAGAAAAUUAUCACAUCAUAAACGUCACUUUAACAUCGCACAUGAUUAUAAAUCUGAGUCCCAACACGCAAUAUAUUAUUUACGUGACAGCCAUUACAGAAAAAGGAGCGAGUAUGCCUUCAGAAACACUAAUUGCUUGGACGGAUCCAGCUUAUCCUGCUUUCGUCGAGCCUCCCACUGUCCAUCCAAUUAACUUGGUCAUUGAAGGUAGCAGCAUGACCAUUUUGUGUAUAGCAAUGGGUACACCAAUGCCCACUAUAUCGUUGUAUAUUACUGGAAGACUCGUAAGGCAGGAAACUACAAGACAUAUGGUUACCGUUAUCCAUAAUGUCACCAGGGAUAUGGAUCAGAUUUCCUGUUAUGCGGAUAAUGGAUAUGGUACUCCGAUGCAAGCAUCGAGGAGAAUUACUAUCAGUCACCCACCCCACAUCCAAGCCAGUGGCAUAACAAUGGCUGCCGUUGGCGAUUCCGUUACCUUAGAAUGCAAAGUAGAUGCUCAACCUGAACCAAAAAUGAUAUUCUGGAAGAAUCACGAGCUACGAACUCCAGUCAUCCAAGGGGGAAAAUACGACAUCAAAACAAUGCAUAUGAAAGACGAAGAAGACAAGUACGUGAUGCAACUUACCAUCAAGCAGAUCACCGAAAUGGACGUCGGUGAUUACUUCUGCCAUGCAGAAAAUGCUUUCGGUAAUAGAACGCAAGCGGUGUCGGUCCGUAUUAGAAACGUAGCAGCGACACACAACGUAACGCAGUGUUGCAUCGAGCAAAACGUAACGUCGUCUUGUAUGGACGCGUGCUCAUUCUACCUAGAUAUGGAUGCAGUAAUUGAUAAACCUGAAUGUAUCAACGAUUUUGAUAAAUUGAUGAAGUGUGCAGCUGAUGGAUCUGAUCAUAGGAGCUGCUGCACGCAGUGGGGUGUUCCUAGGAGGUGUUUGGAUUGGUGCAGAGGAGAGCCAAUUCUUAACAGCAAAAUAUGUGUACUGUCAUACACUAAACAAAUAAUGAGCUGCUUCCAUGAAGGGAGAGAGAAGCUUCCAGGUCCUCCUCAAAACGUUCGCGUGGAAUAUAUAGAUUCACACUCAGUUAAUGUCUUGUGGGACCCUCCAAUCAAGAACCCGCACACUGUUGAAUUAUACAGGGUGUUCUGGAGGCUCGUGGACGCUCAGGGAAGAACGGGCCAAAAAGGAGACACCUCAGAAACACAUUUGAAGAUCAGUGAUCUUAAAGAUGGUGCUACGUACGAAUGUGUAGUUAAAGCUGGUAAUAGUAAAGGAACGUCCACCUUAACAGAACCCAUCAAAUUUACAGUUGGUGAGAAGUACAUAACAUCGGCUGCUAACCAUACAGACGAUGGAAGCCACGUGGGUGUUGCUGUAGCCAUCGUGUUGGCUCUUGUCGUAGUGGCAGCAAUUGUGAUAGCUGCUAUUUGGUUUAUGAGAAACAAAAAAAUGUUAGGAGUCAAGAAUUCCAAUGGGGUAGCAUUUGAAAACCCAAGUUAUUUAAGAGAAGUUAACAUGGAUCAUAUACAGGUACCUCAAGGUCAAAGUGACAGUGCUGCCGUAUCGAAUGGUACCGCCAACGGCAUUUCAGUAUCUUCAGCUUCAGGAGUGCAAGGUUGGAAAAACGAAGCUCUUCACGUACCUGCAGCGACCGAAGUGAAUCCGACUCUUUACGAAGAGUUAAAGUUAGGACAAGAUGGAGCCGGCUUCAAGCGUCUUAAGCCCUAGUAUGAGGCCAAAACAGGGAAUGAGUCCAGGUUUUAGAUGAAUUCGGUCACGAUUUUGUGAUAUAGUAAUAAAAUAGUGAAAUACUUGUACCACCAUCAAGGUAUUUUACUCGAAUACCUCAUGUUUUAGUGUAAUUUUAUUUUUCUCUCCUAGUUGAUAAGGUUGUAAAAAUGUGAUUGAGAUAGUUUUGGGAGGGGGGAGAUCUGGACAAUUUUAUUAGCAUUAGAGAAAUGACGAAAAAAAAAGUGUAAAAUAGAAAAAGUUUUGUAAACGCACUUCUAGAUUGUAAAAAAAUAGCUAAAACCAGUCCAAUGUUUGUAUUACUAGAAAUAAUAUCUAAUCGUUAAUAAUGACUGAGUGUAUCAAAGUGGAAGAACUUUUGAAGUCGCGUGCGUUAAGUUGGUUGCAUAGCUCAGCACGGACAUUUCCGGUGAUAUAUAAUAUUCCACAAUAAAGAAGUUUGUCACUGUUUUGGUUGUCCAAUCGAGGAAUUUGGUUUUAUUGGAUACAUGCGUACGAUAUCUUCUGACAAAAUAAGAAUUGCGAUGACAACCGCAUUAACUCUUAAGAUAGCGUCUAGUCUUAUGUACUAAUGAAACUAUUAAUUGCUGCGUAUGUAUAAAAAUAAACCCAAGUUUCUUGAUAAUCAUACUUCUAUGUUAUUUUUAUUUAUAAUAAAGAUAAAAACAUGUAGUAGUUUUAAAGAAUACACGUAUUGUGCCUUUUUCACAAAUCUUGUAAA